AAAAUAUAGGAAUUAAAACUUUCUAACCAGUAAUAUAGAGCGGAAAAGAGGCACGUGAUGCGUGCGUGUCGAGAUUUAAGCGGCGAGGCGAAUUUUGCCAACUUAGAGACGCAACCGUUGAAAAAUCAAAUUCUACAUGAGCAGAAGCGGAGCAGUCGCAAAAUUUCCAACAGAAAAAUCAUCAUCAUCAUCGCCAUCGUCGUUAUCGUCUCCUCUUCCUUAUCCAGUCAAUACACUUUCUUGCUGUCUUCCAAAUCUAAAAAUUACAAAAAGAACAGAUAUAAAGAAAAAAGAUAAAUUUAUAUGCACACUUUUAAAAAUAAAAACAUUCUUUUCUUCCUUUCUUAAAACCUAGUAAAACCUCUUGAGAAAAAAAAAAAAAAAAAAACCUAGUAAAACCUCACUUUAUAAAUUAUGACAUAAUGUCCAACGCUAUAACUCGGACUCGCUCCUGUGACCGAUUCUGUAAUCCACCGCCGAUAAUGAUACAGAAACAACUUCAGCGAGCGUUGAAUACCGGCAGCCGAGUCUACUCGGACGAAUCCGCAUUGUGUAUUUCUAACUCACUUUUGCCUAAUGCAGACUCGUAUUUGACUAAUUUAGAUCGCAUAAUUGAAUCGAUUACUCCUACUGUUCGUGCUCAAAACUUCGCCGAGGCAAAAUUAGGGGGUUGGAAAAUACGUGAAGCUGAUAUGCGGCCAUUCUUUUGCCUUGGGGAUCUAUGGGAAUCAUUCAAAGAGUGGAGUGCGUAUGGAGUAGGAGUUCCUCUCCUAUUAAGUGGGAAUCACACUGUUAAACAGUACUAUGUCCCAUCCCUGUCAGGCAUACAACUGUAUGUAGAACCAAGUAGGGACAGGAGGCAUGGCGAGGAUAGUGACUUUGAGUCUUCACAGGAGGCAAGUUGUGCUGGUGGUAAUGAAUGUGAAGCAGAAAAGCAAGCCAAAGGUGGUGUUGAUGGAGUGUGGGGUAGGCAUAGGCAUAAUAUCAUGAACCUAAACCCGCAGGGACUGCAGAGACUUAGUUUAAGAGAUCAAAAUCUCAAUAAUUUAUCCAGCUCACAUGGGCUGCUUGUUUUUGAAUAUUUGGAGCAAGAGCAGCCUCGUCGUCGUAAGCCUUUAUAUGAUACGGUUUCAACACUUGCAUCUGAAUUCCCAGAUAUCAAAACCUACAGGAGCUGCGAUUUAUCGCCUGCAAGUUGGGUUUCUAUAGCUUGGUAUCCAAUAUAUAGAAUACCAAUGGGUCCGAUGCUACAAAAUCUGGAUGCAUCAUUUUUGACCUUCCAUUCCUUGUCCACACAUUCUAGAAGCAAGAAUCCGAUACAGUUUGAUAUGCUAAAUGCCAGGACGGCCUAUGGGAUGGUUUCUUCUUCCAAAACUGCUCUGCCUGUUUUUGGCCUUGCUUCUUAUAAGUUGCAAGGUUCAAUAUUAACCUCAGGUGAAUGGGAGCAAGCAAGUUCAUUAUUGCAGGCUGCUGUCAACUGGCUUCAACAUUUGGAAGUUAAUUCUCCCGAUUUUCAGUUUUUUGCUUCACAUAAUUAGAAGUGGUGAUGUAGUGGGGGGAUGUAGGUGAAGAAAUUCAAGGUGAAAAUGUUUGCGUAAAAAAGACAUUUUUUCAUGCCAAACAAUUCAUUCUGCUGUUUGUAAGUUCUCUCCCUCAUAUCAAGCUAGCAGUAGCAUCCUCUUGGGAGUUGGACUCUCUCUCUUAAUCUACAUGGUGUCAAAAGAACUUGUAAUCUGGGCAUAUUGGUAAGCAGUCACCAUACCUACUCUCCAACGGCAGUAGCUCUGAGCACAUGGUAUCUUCUAAUUUAUCAGGUCUUUCGUUGCCUAGGUUUAGAGUAGGCUCUUAAAGUUGAUUUUUGAUUUUUUAAUAGUUGUAUAGUUCUUUUUCCCUAGGCUUUAGGGAUUUAUAACGAUUUAAAAAUGGUUUAAUAUUUCAUAAUGUUGUCAUUGCCGGUGAGCACGGUACUGAUUCCACAUAGAUUUUUAGCAUUACGGUGCUCUAUAGGAACGAGAAUUAAAUCUUGGAAUUCGUUUCCUUUGCCCUUUC